ACAGAACUUCGAGCGAGGUUAGACCAACAUCAGCUGGUCGAUGGCUCCGCCUGUCAAAUGCAUGGAAAGUUGGUAAACAGGAGGAGCCGCUGUCAUGCUGAGUGAGAGCCCGCCCAUAGUGCACAUUUAAAUAACUGAGGCACAGUGCACGUAUAUCGGGACAUUGGAGAGGACGAAAGUACAAAGGAUUUGCAUUUAAUUCGCAUUUAAUAAUAACUAUCCGUUAUUAUAACUGAAAUACAGUUGCUUUUGAGGUCAAAUUUAAUAUUAAUUUUGAAAUUCGACGUGGAAGCCCGGGAUCUGGUUCCUCGAUGGCCAAAUAACUUUGAAUACGAUGAAAAAGGGGAAGUAGGAGAAGACUUGGAAUGGUUUGAAUUUGAUUUGACUUCUGAUGGAAGCGCGGAUGGACAGACCUACAUCUGCUGUCCGCGGAAGUGAAGACGGAAGGGGGCGACUCCACUUUCACAUCGGGGCGAUGAUUGCCUUACAAAUAAGCUAAUUAAUGAUACGAUGACAACCCUUUACGGUUCAUCGUAACUUUUUAAAGGAUAAUGACUUUCUUCCUCCUUCCGCCUCAACCUCACGAGGUUUCUCGAAGCUUACAUCAUGGUUCCUUGGACAGUAAGUUCCCGGCAAUGUAAUGUAUGCAAAAUAGAAACAGCUUUACGGAAAAAUGACUUACACUUAUGCUCCGGAUGUCGCCUAGUACGCUACUGUGGCUCACAACACCAAAGAUUGGACUGGGAAAUUCAUAAACCUUUUUGCGUAGCAGUGAAGCAGAUAAUUAAGGAGCGAAAAGUCUCGCAUAUUCUGGAACUCCAAGGACCUAUAACAUCAUGGACUCAAUUUGACAGAGCUGUUACGCUAGCAAAAUUUGUACUAAUUUCAAUUCUAGGGCGGGAGUUGGAGAGACAUGAAGUUGAAUUCCUUUCAUUCCCUAUCCACUGCGAAAUUUGCUUCACACGGGGCGAUAAGAACUUUAUUAGCUGCAGCAAAUGCAACGCAGUAUCCUAUUGCAAUGAGGAACACCAGAAACAAGACCAGGAUAACCACUCAAAAUGGUGCAAUUAUUUGUAUGUGUAUUAUAACUUCUAUGAAGUUGAAAAUUGCACUAUAGACUUAGAUUUUGAAGAAGCUCCGAUUUUCGACUCUGAAAGUGUCCCUGACGAUUUAUUCACUUUGAUUGAAACAACCGCUAAGCUAGGCAAGGACCAGACAAUUUCGAGAUUCCCUAAAACAUUAGUCGAGUAUCAAAGCUAUGCAGCAGUUUGCACGUUUUCGUGCGUCGCGACCAUUCUAGAUGGGAUUUUUAUGUCGAAUCUUAUCAUAGAUGACAAUGAUGUUCUGACCAUUUAUAUAAUCGGAGCCCUCAAUGAGGACCAAUUUUUACAAUUGCCUCACUGUGCAUUCCUCUCAUCACAACUGCCAACCAUAAAGACGUUCAAUUUUUAUCUUAUUGGUCCAGAAGUGGACACCUCAGAACCCAUAACAUUUUCAGUCAGGACACACAAAAGGGAUAACAAGAUUAAUAUCAAUUUCUGUGGAGAAACUUUUGAAAAUUUCGCACAAAAUAUCCAUUCUUCGGCUGAGUUGGAGAAAAUGCCGCAUAUGAUAGUUGCCUUCAACUGUGGAUUUUAUGAAAAUGCCGGAAAACCAACGGAUACAUGGAAACCUGGAAUAAAGGCUUUUUUUCAAUUUGAUAGGAUACCGAUUUUGUUUACGUCAUACACUUUGUUGGAGUCUCGUUUGGAUUUACGUGAAUUUAGUGUUUGCGCGAAUGAAUUGGGCAGGAAGUAUAAAAUUAUUGUAAAUACUGAGGAAAGCUUUUACAGGGAUUAUAGACCAUUUAGAAAUAUGGAACUCAUUGAUCGAGACGAUUUGGUGUACUUCCAAAACGGCUAUAUGCAGCUUGUGAUUAUUGAAAGUAAAGGAUGACUCCUUCGGGCCGAAGAAAUUUUUUAAAAUGUCGAAGAAUGUUUUGUUAUUUAUUCUACAAUAUGUCGACCAGUCAAAAUAUUGUUUUGUUUGAUAUAAAAUUGUUAUUUUAACGUAUUUGUAUUUACAUUUUUUAUAUAUAAAACUUUAUAGAAAGCACAAAUGUACACUUGAUUCCGAUACGAACA